GUUGUGGUUAGAUUAGAGUCAAAUUAAGAAAAAACAAAGAGAAUUGGAUUGGAGAAUGGAGAGUUGUGAGGACUGAGGAGGAGAGUGGUCAUUGGUUCUUCCAUCCAUGGCCAUGGCAACUCUUACUCCUUUCCUCUCUUCCUCUUCUCUCUCUCUUCUUCCUCCUCCUUCUCUAACCUUCCCUCUCCGCCAUUAUCCGACUCCCACUCUUACUUCCACAAAAUCACGCUCUCUCCUUCUCGCUUCUCAUCACCAUGACCUCAGCUCCAAUGCCCGCUCUCCUCGAAUUCAAUCCUCCAAGAAAUCGAUUCUCUCUAAUUUGAUUCAUGAGAUUGAACCAUUGGAUGUGAGUCUUAUUCAGAAAGAUGUUCCACCAGCUACUGUUGAUGCUAUGAAAAGAACCAUUUCGGGCAUGUUGGGUUUACUUCCAUCUGAUCAAUUUCAAGUUCUUAUUGAGUCUUUGUGGGAACCUCUUUCCAAGCUUUUGGUUUCUUCUAUGAUGACUGGGUAUACUUUACGAAAUGCAGAAUAUAGACUUUGUCUGGAAAGAAAUAUGGAUGAUUAUGAAGAAAUCCUUGAAAACCAGAAGCUUAAAAUAUGUAGGUUUGACUUACAAGGAAUGUUGCUUGAUAGUGCUAAUAUAAUCAAAUUAGCAGGAAAAGAUGAACCCAUGUCCAAAUCUGAAGAAACCUUUGUAGAACCAUCUGAGAAUCUUGAAAUUCAAGAUGUUGGUGAUAUGUCCCCUGAAGCUCAAGAAUAUGUUCGUCAGUUACAGUCUCACUUAUCGUCAGCUAAAAAGGAACUCCAUGAAGUUAAGAGGAGAACUGCUGCUCUUCAGAUGCAACAAUUUGUUGGGGAAGAAAAGAAUGAUUUAUUGGAUUAUUUAAGAUCACUACAACCAGAAAAGGUAUCACUAGUUUGUUUUAUUUCAAUCCAAUCUUUAAUGGAGUUUAGUAUCUUCAAUUGCUGUUUUCAUCUAGUGGGUGUUGUUGUACUCAUCAAUCUAGUAAUUAUUGUAAAUCCAAUUUAUGUACUCUGAUUGAGCAAAAUAAUAUGGGUGUAGAAAGUAGAAAAUCUCUGAUAAUUUGAGUGUUUGAAUGUUCUUAGUUCAUCUUGUGAGAAUUUUGACCUCUCUAACAGAAGUUUUAGUAGGUUACAAAAUAAGAUCAUACCCCAUUUCUCCUCGUAGUUGUUUCAUCUUCAUCCUUGAAUGCAUGAUAAUACAUUUAAUUGAAGAAAACACAAAGGCUAACUUUAAUUAGCCCUCCGUCGUUCUUCAUAUCCACCAGUCGCAUCAGUGUUAUGUACAACGAAUUUUAUUGAAUAAAGUUCUAAUGCCGCCUGUAUCCCUCCAUCUCCACCGGUCUGUCCGUGCUAGUAUGUAUCUUGACAUUUUUUUCCUUAUUAUUUUUUAGUCUAAUUUAUGACACUGGUUUAUAGGAAUGAGGUGUGGCUUUUGGUUUACUGUUGGACUGCUUUGUGCAAAUUAUAUCAGGUUACAGCAACUUCUACUUUUUAAUGAGAUUGGCAUGGUUGUUUCACAAUAUUUAUCCUCAUAAAUUAUCUCUUGGAUAUAAAGUUUUGAAAUCCUUGAUGUGUUUGCCACUUACAGUAUGUUAAAUUUCUAGUUAUGCUUAAUUUGCUUUGCAUGGUCUUCAAUUUUUCUCAAAUACUGACAUAGAUCUUCUGUCUACACAGGUGGCGGAGUUAUCGGAGCCUACAUCCCCUGAAUUGAAAGAAACAAUCUACUCUGUUGUGCAUGGUCUUCUCGCAACGCUUUCUCCUAGAAUGCAUUCCAAGGCGCCUCCUGUUUCAGAGAAUUCCUCAACAGGAACAGCAAAUGUUGAGAAUGGAGAUUGUGCUGAAAUUGUGGAAAAUACUUCCAUUCAAUUUCAGCCCCUUAUUUCAUUGACUCGCGAUUAUCUGGCCCGACUCCUGUUCUGGUUAGGCCAGCUCCUUUUGCUAUUUUCCCAUUCCACCAAUAAUUUAUCAUUUGAACUUGAUCCCAAAUUACUAAUCAUGAUGUUUCACCAAUCUUACUGUAAUUUCUUACACUUUCAAAGGGCACAAUCUGUGUGAAUGUUUUUGUGUUGUGACCUGGUUUAUGUUUUCAUGUGUUAAGGUGCAUGUUGUUGGGACAUUACCUAAGGGGACUUGAGUAUCGAGUGCAACUAAUGGAACUUCUAGUCCUUACAAACGACUCUGAAAGUGAUGCCUCUGAUGGAGCUCAAGCUGCUUAAAGUUUUGGAGUUGCUUCAUUCCAUGUGUAUAUACAUUUACCUACUCAAUAAUACAUGUAAAAAUAUAAUAUUUUUUUUUAAGUGGUGUAAGCCAAUGUGCGCUGCAAUUUAUGUUUUAUUUUGCAAAAAUUAUUAAACCACGAUCCAGAUUUCAUUUA